AUGUCAUCCAUCGGAGCAAGUUACGCACCCGUACAUCUUAUGCAGAAGCAGCUCAAAGAGAAGAUGAUGAAGAGAGAAAAAGAGAGACAAGACAAAGCUCAACGUGUCGCUGUCGUUGAAACCUCUUCGCCCACAGGAAGGAAGUCCAACAAAAUCUACCCUUCUCGCUCUCAUGAACAAGUAGAGACGACCAAAUCACAUGAGUGA